AUGAAUAAUCAAACUUAGUUUACAAAUCCAGUUUAUUAGCCUGUAUAGACACCUUUGAUGACCAUGUAUUCGAACAUAUUUUCAUCUUAAACUCCAUUUGCAUCAUCCAAAGGAAUCAACCAAGAACCUAUAGUAACAGCUAUGGAUCAAAUAAUUGAAGAUAGAACUAGCGCAGAGUUCGGAUAACAUAGUCGACACAUUUCUCUAAAUUAUCAAAUUGUUGAAAAUGAUUUAAGAAAAGUAGUUGAAAAGAAAAAUUAUGUGGCCUGCUAAAUAUUUUGAUUAUAUUGAUAUACAUAUAUAUUAUUCGAUUGUCUUAA